AUGCCUAUUAAUAGACGUUUAAGAUCAUUUAAUGAAAAUUGGCGUAUACAAUUUUUAAGACCACUUGAUAUGGCCGAAGCUGGUUUUUUAUACUUAGGCAGUAAUGAUCAAGUGAGAUGUAAUAAAUGCCUGAAAGAGUUUUUUGAUUGGACACAGGGUGAUGAUCCGUUACAGCUACAUGCUAGUCUCUCUCCAAAUUGUCCAUUUAUUAAUGAAACUUUGGCUACAGUUAAUGGUCGUUUGAAAACCUUUAAUAACUGGCCCAUCAAUUUUUUAACACCUCUUAAAUUGGCCGAAGCUGGUCUUUUUUACUUGGGCAGUGAUGAUAAUGUGAAAUGUAAUAAAUGCAAGAUAGAAUUUAUUGAUUGGACACUGGGUAAAGAUCCGUUACAACUACACGCGCGUCUCUCUCCAAAUUGUCCAUUUAUUAAUGAAAUUUUGGCUACAGUUGAUGGUCGUUUAAAAACAUUUAAUAACUGGCCCAUCAUUUGUUUAAGACCUCGUAAAAUGGCUGAAGCUGGAUUUUUCUACACGGGCAAUAAGGAUUGUGUACAAUGUUUUAAAUGCUGUAAAUCUUUUUAUUCAUGGAAAGAAGAUUAUGUUCCAGUACUUGAACAUCGUCGUCAUAAUCCAGAUUGUUCAUAUAUUCAAAGAUACGGAGAAGUGUAUGAUAUGAGUGGUAUUUACGAUCCUUCAAUUUAUCAUCUCCAGUCUAAUGAACGGGCAAAAAGAAUUGAAGAUUUGUUAAAUUCUGAGGGUAUUAUACAAAAAUUAAAACCUCUUAAUGACAAUACAAUGGUCACCUUCAAUGCACGCUUGGAAACAUUUUAUAAUUGCCCGAGAACCUUGAAACAAGAUUUUAAUAUUCUAUCUAAAGCGGGAUUUUUUUAUUCAGGCAAUGGUCAAACUGAUUUUAUGACUUGUUUCUUUUGCGCUGAAAUUUUAUCUCAUUGGACUGAUGAUGAUCAACCGUGGACAGAACAUGCCAAAUGGUCUAAAACUUGUAGUCAUCUUUUAUUAAAUAAAGGCAAAAGCUUUGUGGACCAAGUAUAUGAUGUGGAAAAUGACGUCAUAAAAUCCAACCAACUAGAGUUAUUCAAGAUGAUUACGGAACAGAAAAAUACUUACAUUCUCGGCACUAAAAUGAAAAUACAGACAACAAAAAAACACAGUAAUGGGUUACAAAUUACUAAAACUUUAUCUGGUAAAAACCAACAGCAUCUUUCUCAAAUGAUAGAUCCUAAUUAUGUACCAGAUUGUAUGCUUUGCAAGAUUUGCUAUGAAGAAAAAAUUAAAGUGAUUUUUGUUCCUUGUGGUCAUGCGAUUUCCUGCAUUGAAUGCGCUUUUUCACUCGAACAUUGCGCUCUAUGUAGACAUCCAUUCUCAAAUGUAAUAAGAAUAUAUUUGUUUAUGGAUACAGUAAAUGAUAAAGAUCUCAAACUGGUCCCGUGCAGUUCCAAAAUGUCUUCCAACAACACAUUAAAUCUUAUGAUUUGCAAAGUAUGUCAUCAAGAAGAAAUGGCAGCGGUAUUUUUACCAUGUAGACAUGUCUACACUUGUGUUGAAUGUGCGAAAGAAAUGGAUGACUGCCCUAUAUGUGCGGAAAAUGUCUUUGCCUUUAUUCAAUUAUACUUAUAA